GUGCAGAAACACUCCAGGUUCUGGCUCACAUAGGUGAGGCACAGGUCUGUCAGGGAGGCUGGAGAGGCAUCAUCCUGGAUACACGAGGAAAAGAGCUUUGAUAAUCAGAUUUUAUAAACGAACCCAAAAAAGAUUGGUGGAAAAAGAAACUGCAUACUUACCGCGUUUAAAAACAAAGAGGCCAUAGCCAUGGUUUAGUCUGUGAAUCCAACAGCGACCGGAGUCAGAAAGAGCCAGAUGGACGGAGCCUUUCACUUUCCCUUUCACCCGCCUGUUCAGAUACACCUGAGGGGGCAGGAACCUGAGGCGGACGGUGAGCCUAAACCCAACAACCUGCUAGCUAGCUAGCUAGCUCACUUGUUGUUGCAUCGGAGCUGGGAAAGCUCGCGCGCUGCUAAAACAGCCCGAACAGUCAGACGAGGCGGGAUUCAUACCGACCGACAACAUAAGCGACACUAAACCUGCGAAAUGGGGAACUAGUGAAGAUUUCACCGCCAGUGACGUCUGUUUCCUUUUUCUUUUUUUCCUCGUUCUGAAGCAAGAGAGAGAGAGGUCUGUAAACAAAGGUCACGACACAGGAAGUACAUUAGUAGAACCCGACGGCUGCUCUACGGAAGCCCGCAGAGGAUAGUUAUGAAAGAGCUAAUGCUCCUCGGUUUUUAAAGGUUAGCUAGAAUUAGCUAACUCUCAGAGCGGCUUCAACUCUAGCAGAACCACUCUGAGUUUUCCAGAAGAAGAAGCGGACCAGUUGACAUUCAAAAACCUCGCAGUAGAGCAAGGUCAAGCGGCUCAGCCUUCAGCACGUUGGUGCUGCGCGCGCGGCGGACCUGAGAAAGAUGGCGGGCCUUAUUAACUUUGAGGAUGAAAAUGAGGUGAAACAGUUUCUGGAUAAUUUAGGGGUAGAGUACAGCUUCCAGUGCUACAAGGAGAAGGACCCUGAAGGGUGCCAGAGGCUAGCAGACUAUUUGGAGGGUGUAAAGAAAAACUAUGAUUCUGCAGCACAGGUCCUCAAACAUAACUGUGAGACAAAUGGACACUCAGAGAGCUGCUAUAAGAUUGGAGCGUACCAUGUCACCGGAAAAGGCGGAGUGACAGAGUGUCUAAAAACAGCCUACUCCUGCUUCAUGCGCUCCUGCAAAACCGGAGGAAAGAAGUCCAUCGACGCCUGCCAUAACGUUGGUCUGUUAGCCCACGACGGGCGAGCUCUGGAGGGGGGCCCUGAUGUCACCGUGGCUCGGGAGUACUACGAAAAGGCCUGCGCCGGCGGCUUCGCUCCGUCCUGCUUCAACCUCAGCACCCUGUUCAUCGAGGGCAACUCCAAGGGGCUGGCACCCAACAUGAGUCAAGCCUUUAAGUUCGCCAGCAGGGCCUGUGAGCUGGGACACGUGUGGGGGUGCGCCAACGCCAGUCGGAUGUGCAGGCUCGGGGACGGAACAGAGAAGGACGAGAAGAAGGCAGAGGAGCUUAAGAAUCGAGCCAAGGAGCUGCACGGUUUAGAAAAAGAAAGGCAGCUGAAAUUUGGGGAGUGAUUUAACACGUUCCCAUGUAAUUCUAUUUUUAUUUCCGUUUAUCCACAAAUGUUUUCCUCCAGACUGUCUGCUUGGAGAAUAGCUGGAUCAUCAGAUGUAAGAGGUGGUAAUAAUGUGUCUUUGAAUGCAUCUCUUUGCCUCAUUACAGUCUGUAGAUGUAAGAUUGCCAGAACUGUGUACAUUUGUAUGAUAUACAAAAUAGUCAUUUUCAAAACAAUAAAUUGAUUAAAAGUUG